AUGCCGUCCGCCAUUAUCCCCAUCCUUCCCUCCAGCAAAUCCUUUUCGUCGCACUCUCGAGACGCCUCCACCAGCCCGAAUCUCCACUCGUCCGGUUUGUUCAACGCGGGGGAAGGAGGCAGCGGCAGUCUAGGGAGUUCCGGGUAUCACAUGCCGAGCGGCGGAAGGAAUGCGCCCACCACUACCACCGCCGCGGGUUGUUUCCCCCCGGACGCGCCAGAAACGGCAAAUGGAGCCACCGGAGUGGCGGGAACGUCCGGAGCAGGAGGGGGAGGGGGAGGGAGCGGCGGCGGCGGCGGCGGCGGCGGCGGCGGCGCAGCGUUCGUGCAGUCGGCUAUGGGGAUCGACACGGCGGCGUUCGUGAGCCUCGUCAACACCGCCCUCCCCAGCCUCGUCGCCAAGGGCUUCCGCCGCCGCGCGGGGAAGGACGCGGGCGGAGCGGGCGCGGCGGGCGGAGCUGUGGCGGGAGGCGCGUUCGGAAGCGACGGGGACGAGGCGCUAGGGGUCUAUCGGUCGGAGGGCAGGGCAAAUGCUGAUGUGUCGGGGGGGUUCCGCGCAGGCGGAGUGAAGGGGGUUUACGCGGACGCGCGCGGACUGCACAGGACGGGGAGCGGGUUCCCCAUCAGCGGGUUCCCCAUCAGCGGGUUCCCCAAGAGCGCGAGCGCAACGGCCGGCGGAGACUUGGACGGGCGGGGCGCGGCCGCGGCGGAUAGCUCCUCCGCGCAGCCCGCGCAGAAGAGCGCACUAGGCGGCGGAAGCGACGGGGCCGUUACAAGCGGAAGCGCUAGCGGACUGGCUGGGGGGGGCGGUGCUGCGGGGAUGGGCGUAUCAGGUGGGGGGGGGUUGAAGGGGGGAGGGGGCGGGGAGGGCGCGGGGGCAGGGGGAACGCGGGGCGCGGGGUUGGGGGAGGAGUUACCGGACGUGGCGAUUGGUGUGCUGUCGAAAUGGGUGCACCUGGGUCGCGGCUGGGCCCCUCGGCUCUUCAUCCUCGAUAAGGGCGUGCUGUCAUACUGCAAGAUAGAGGGCCCCCACCGAGCAAGCGUGCUGCUGGAGGUGCAGCGGCGCCCAGGCGCGUGCCUGGUGGGGGACGAGAGUGCAUGGGCAGUGCAGAGUGCAUGGGCAGUGCAGAGUGCAUGUGCAUGGGCAGUGCAGAGUGCAUGGGAGACAGGUGCAGAGUGCAUGGGAGACAGGUGCAGAGUGUAUGGGAGACAGGUGCAGAGUGUAUGGGAGACAGGUGCAGAGUGUACGGGAGACAGGUGCAGAGUGUAUGGGAGACAGGUGCAGAGUGUAUGGUCUUUCAGUGAGCGAAUCACCAAUGUGGAGAGUGUAUGGUCUUUAAGUGAGACCCGUUUCUCACCCUCCCCCUCCCAUCUUUCACCCUCCCUUCCUGUCCAUUUUACUGCCGCAGACUCCCUCUCUUCCCCACUUCCUCCAACGGCCCGCUCUCCACGCUUCCGCCCCCUCACUCCUUCCUUCCCCCCUCACUCCUUCCUUCCCCCCUCACUCCUUCCUUCCCCCCUCACUCCUUCCUUCCCCCCUCACUCCUUCCUUCCCCCCUCACUCCUUCCUUCCCCCCUCACUCCCUUCCUCCCUUCUUUCCCCCUCACUCCCUUCCCUCCCAAUUCCUCUUCCUUCCCAAAUCUCCCCCCUUCCUCCGUCCUAAAAAACCUCCUCCUCCACACUUCCUUUGCCCCCCACUCCCUUUCCAUUCUCUCGCUCCCCCCCAAUUCCAUAACCUGUGACCCCCCUCCCCUCCCUCACACCUCCCUUACUUUCCCCGCACCUGCAGGUGUCAUCGCUGCAGCAAAGCCAGUGUCAUCGCUGCGGGAGAGCCAGUCGGACGAAAAAAAGUUUUACGUGUUCAGCGGGACCAAGACUCUGGACCUGCGCGCCGAGUCCCGCGACGACAGAGGCCUGUGGCUGGACCUGCUGCAGGCCGCCAAGGAGCGCAUGGGGCGCAGCCAGAGAGAGGCGGAGCAGGCCACGUUCGUGGCUGACGUGACUUUAGCGCCGCUGAGGGCGUGUUUGUUGCGGGCAGAGGUCAGCGCGGAGGUGAUCCAGGAGUGCGAGGAGGUGGUACGGCGGGAGGUGCUGCAGCGGCUGCAGCUGAGGUUGCGGGAGGAGCAGGAGCGACGGCAGAUGCUGCACGAGCGGAUUAGCCAACUGGAGGUGGACAUGGAGAAAGUGGGGUUUACGUACCCGUAUGUGAAGCGGAGAGAGAGGUUGCCGGAGCCGGCGGAGGAGGAGAAGGCGGUGGGGCUGUGGAAUAUCAUCAAGGACUGUGUGGGGAAGGACCUGUCGAAGAUCUGCCUGCCGGUGUACUUUAACGAGCCGAUUAGCACGCUGCAGAAGUGCUGCGAGGAGAUGGAGUAUAGCUGGCUGCUUGACAGGGCGGCGGAGUAUGGGCGCCGGGGCGAGCAUCUGAUGAGAGCACUGCACGUGGCAGCGUUUGCCAUGUCAGCGUACGCAGCGAGUGCAGAGCACCGCGUGCAGAAGCCAUUCAACCCGCUCAUAGGAGAGACGUACGAGGCAGACUUCCCCGACAAGGGCUUCCGAUUCAUCUCCGAAAAGGUGGUGCACCACCCGCCGAUCGUGGCAGCGCACUGCGAGGGGCGGGGGUGGCGGUUCUGGGGGGACUGCAACAUCCGCAUCCGCUUCUGGGGGCCCUCCAUGCAGCUCGAGCCGCUGGGCGUGCUGUCUGUGGCGUUUGACGAUGGGGAGGUGUUCGAGUGGAACAAGGUGACAACGGGCAUCUACAACCUGAUUAUCGGCAAGCUGUACAUAGACCACUACGGCACCAUGCGCGUCAACAGCAACCGAGGCAUCUCCGUGCGACUCAAGCUCAAGGAACGAUCCUUCUUCGACCGCGACACGCACCAGGUGCGGGGAUAUGCGGUGGGCGAGAAGGGUGAGAAGCUGGCGACGCUGGUGGGGCGGUGGGACGAGUCGUUGCACUACGUGCCGGGGGACCUGUCUCACAAGGAGCACGGCAGGGCCGCCAAGGACGACCAGCACCUCAUGGCGCACGCGCACCUGCUGUGGCGGAAAUCCCCACCCUCGCCCUUCCCGUGCAAGUACACCUUCACACCGUACUGCAUCUCUCUCAACGAGAUCACCCCGGACCUUAAGGGCGUGCUUCCCCCCACGGACUCGCGCCUGCGCCCGGACCAGCGGGCGCUGGAGGAAGGGUACUUUGACCGCGCCAAUGCGGAGAAGAUCCGCCUCGAGACGAGGCAACGCCAG